CAAGGAGAGCUCAACUCCUUCCUCUGGACCAUCCGCCGCGACCCCCCCGCCUAUCUCUUCGGCACCAUCCACGUGCCCUACACGCGAGUGUGGGACUUCAUCCCUGACAACUCCAAGGCCGCCUUCCACGCCAGCUCCAGCGUCUACUUUGAGCUGGACCUCACUGACCCCUACACCAUCUCGGGGCUGGCCAGCUGCCCGAUGCUGCCCCCCGGGGGGUACAUCAAGCUGAUCCUGCCCCACUGGAUGACCCCGGACCAGCGGGGCAAAGGGCUCUACGCCGACUACCUCUUCAACGCCAUCGCCGGCAACUGGGAGCGCAAGAGACCUGUCUGGGUGAUGCUCAUGGUGAACUCCUUGACAGAGACGGACAUCCGUUCCAGAGGAGUGCCGGUGCUCGAUCUCUACCUUGCCCAGGAGGCCGAGAGGAUGAAGAAGAGGACGGGCGCGGUGGAGAGGGUGGAGGAGCAGUGUCACCCGCUGAACGGGCUCAACUUCUCCCAG